GGUCCGAUGCAUUUGGUCCCAGUUAACAGUGACGCCGCUUUCCACUGCUGUCAACAAUUCCAGCUUUUCCAGCCUACAAGAGGAGAGGGAAAACGGGAUGGUUGUCUCAGAAACCGUGGCGAAGGAAGAGGGUGAACUGGACACCUGGGAUUACAAGCAUUAUUUUGCCAUAAACGACUGAAUGGACAUCAUGUUUAGGUUUUAAAAAAGGACUGCGGAACUCGUUUGCUGGCGAGAAGCCCUAGAAUUUUCACUUACCCGGUACUUGUAACUGGUAUUAAGUGUUGGGCAGCUAGGUGCAAUUUGAGCUGACGUUAGUUUGGCAAAAAUCUGAGAUUUCAUGCGAGGUCUCACUGAAACGUCAAAGUAAAUAGCUUACUUUUCGACCGACUGUUCAGCACCACAAAUACCGGAUCGAAGUAAAUUGGCUCGCUUAGUUGGACACUUCUGUGGGAUCGGUGAACAAUAUUCGUAGGACCUCCAUACUGAAAGUGGAGUUUAAAUAACGGAGACUAUUAUUAACCCCUUUCUGGGGUCACGACGCCACCAUUUCCGGGUUUGUGAGCGUUGUGAGAGUGGAGCGGGACGCAGGAGCGAGGAGCGGGGCUGUGUCGGUGUCCAUACCCGGACUGAUCGGGGGCAGCAUGGCUGGGAAGGGGUCUGAGAAGGCGUCGCUGUUACAGAACGAACGAGUUCGAUUCAUCUUCUGCUUUCUUGGAGUUUUUGUGUGUUACUUUUACUAUGGCAUAUUGCAAGAAACAAUCACUAGGGGGAAGUACGGCGAGGGGGACGCGCGGGAGAAGUUCAGAUAUGCCACCACGCUCGUCUUCAUUCAGUGCAUCAUCAAUGCUGCCUUCGCCAAGUGCUUGAUUCAGUUCUUUGAGAGGCCCAAGGCGGACCACACUAGGAGCUGGCUCUACGUGGCGUGCUCGCUCUCUUACCUGGGAGCCAUGGUGUCCAGCAACUCUGCCCUGCUGUAUGUCAACUACCCCACUCAGGUGUUGGGGAAGUCCUGCAAACCGAUCCCAGUGAUGAUCCUGGGCGUGACGAUCCUGCGGAAGAAGUACCCGAUGGCCAAGUACCUGUGCGUGCUCCUGAUCGUCAGCGGCGUGGCGCUCUUCCUGUACAAGCCCAACAAGGGCGCCGCCGCCGCCGAGGAGCACCUGUUCGGCUUCGGGGAGGCGCUGCUGCUGCUGUCCCUGACGCUGGACGGGCUGACGGGCGUGUCCCAGGACCACAUGCGGGGCCGAUACCAGACCAGCCCCAACCACAUGAUGCUCAACAUCAACCUGUGGUCCACCCUGUGGCUGGGGAUGGCAAUUCUGUGGACGGGAGAAUUGUGGGAGUUCCUGAGCUUCACUGACCGCUAUCCGAGCAUCCUCUACAACAUCCUGCUCUUCGGACUCACCAGCGCCCUGGGACAGACUUUCAUCUUCAUGACGGUGGUGUACUUCGGGCCGCUCACCUGCUCCAUCGUCACCACGACGCGCAAGUUCUUCACCAUCCUGGGCUCGGUGCUGCUCUUCGGGAACGUCAUCACCUCCGUGCAGUGGGUCGGCACCGUCCUGGUCUUCCUGGGUCUGGGACUGGACGCCAAGUUCGGGAAAGUGCCCAAGAAGACCACACACUGAGUCCCUGCUCCUGUGUGGGCCCCAGUCACACUACAGACAGAUUGACAAACCGCCAGACAGACAGACAAGACAAGACGGACAGACAGAUGCAAUCCUGUCCUCAUCUUUCCAUUCCAGAGGAGUCACUCAACACUUCCAACCUCAACACCGGACCUCCGCACCUCGCGCAGACGCUAAGAAACGUAGCGUGUCAGCCGCUUUCCCUGCUUUCUGACUGGAAACCGCUGCAACCUCCGCCAGCUCAGUGUCCCAUCAGCAGGUCACUACAUUGAUACCGCACUCCCUUAGAAUGCAACCGCGUCUCGGACGUGAAGGCGAGAGGGGGGUGGGGGGGGGGGGGGGGCGAGGGGUGUGCGCUGUUGCGUUUCCAGCAGGUGAUCCCAUUGAGAAAAACGUUUCCCUUUCAUCCAUGCCUCAGAUGAGAUCCAGAACUAAAGGUUGUCACCAGCUUUGGACUUCAGCUUCCACAAGCAAUUUUUGUCACUUGUUUUGUCACCCAUCGAAUUCUCGUCUGCUGGAGCCCUUUUGCUUCUUGAAUUUUAAUAUCCCUUGGUUGCCGAGAAAACGUAAUGGUUGGCGCGUCGCCAACUUCCGUCCUCCAUCUGAAACGACAAGUGCUUGAAAUUGACAGCGGGCGAAUCGAACAUAUUGCUGUAUUUGUACUUGGUUUACACGUCUGUACGUACUGUAAUUGUAUACAUGCCUCCAUUCACAUAGCAGGAGAGAAAUGCCGGAGGAAUCCAGUCUGCUAAUUGAACUGAACCCUAAUUAUGUAGUGCGAGUUGCAUUGCUAUUAGCACAUUGUGAACUAUGUUUUGUUAUUCCCUGUUAUUUUCUUCUAAUCUGUAUCCACAUUUACCCGUUGUAGUUUUAAUUAAAUUAUUUUGUUUAGGAAAUGAAUUUUGAAGGACAAUGAAGGGAAAAGCUGUACUGUAUUCUAGCUGCCAAGUUGUUUAUACAUUUGAUUUAGGAAAGAAUAAUGAAGCAUCUUCUAAAAUGAGCAAUUUUGCCAACAUCAUGCGUGCCCGUCUCACUGGGAUAAACACAAAUUAAAUGAAAGAAUAUUAUGGACA